UUUGCAUGCACUCCGACGAUAGCUUUCGGUCAUCUUUAAAACGAACAUUAUCUAUUGAAAGAAUACGAAUAUUAAGUUCUAUUGCAUACGUAUCUUAUUUGUUAAUGGAUUUGUUGGGACUUCAGGUGUAUUCUAUAAAGAAUAUAUAAAUAAUGUCGUCAUAUCAAUGUCGAACGUGUCGCGAGCCUCAAGGUGGUAGUUUCUAUUCUCUUGGAGAACUUUUGGAUGAGGAUCGACAUCCUAAUAAAACUCUUGCAGAUUUCUUAUGGGACAUUGCAAAAAUUAAUAAUGAGACUGAAGUUGCUAAACGUUUGCCACAGCAAAUUUGUGAAGGGUGCUCACACCAGCUUAAAAAUGCAUAUUCAUUUGUACUACAGGCACAAGCAACAAAUGAAAAAUUACAAGCUAAUUUGUACAUCGAAAAUGUUAAAACUUUUACUGCCACAGUGGUGUCAGAUAAGCAGAAUGAUUGCUUGUUGGAAUCACCUAUUGAUAUACCCAGUGAACAAACAGAAAUAAAAAAAGAAACAGAAUUUAAUGACGAACAAGAAACUGUAUCCAAUGAAGAAUUCGUUAACAUCAGUAAAAAUGAAAGUGGAAUUGAAGUAAAAAGAGAAGUUGGCGUAGAUUUAAGUGCGGUAGAAAAUGAUACCGAGAGCAUUAAUACAGAAGACAACAUGGUCAUAGACCCCAUAACCACUGUAAAAACUAACUGGCACAAAGACGCAGAUAAUGAUGGAAUAGAACACUUGAGUAAUUUGGACAAUAGCUUGAGUGAAGACUCAGACACCCCAUUAUUGAAACGCCGUCGGUCUAGACAGAUAUCCACGCUGACAUUUCAAUUUACAUUUCGUGACAACGAUGGUCGAUAUCAUUGUAAUAAAUGUUCUAAAAGUUUUGCAUGGAAAAAAGACGCAAAACGUCAUUUGCUCUUACAUUCCGACAUCUAUCCAUACGAAUGCACAGAAUGCACUCGUCGCUUCCAGCGUAAGGAUAAAUUUGAUAAACAUGUGGAAGUACAUUCCAAGCGAAACGAAAAGAAAUUAACGGAAAAAAGACUUCAUUCUAAUAUAAAUACGGAAGAUGAACAAAUGGAAUUUGAUUCAUGUUUGCAGCUUCAUACAACAGUUAGUGAAACUAGUGAGGAUGACAGUGACGGAGAUGAAAUCAUAACUAAGCGACUAAGGAGUAGGCGGGCAUCUUCAAAAAAACCGGAAUUCACUUAUUGUAAUGACGAUGGCCGUUAUCACUGCAACAGAUGUAAUAAAGAUUUUGCUUGGAAAAAAGAUGUGGAACGUCACAUAAAAAGUCAUUUCGGCAUUUUCCCAUUCGAAUGCAUAAAAUGUCAUCAUCGCUUUCAGCGAAAAGAUAAGUUUGCUGAGCAUUUAAAGAUUCAUGCCAAACAUGAGAAAAAAGUUCGUCGUCCUCGACCAAUACAGUGGAAUUUUGCGGAACAUCUUUAUACCGAGCAGCGUUUCCGUUCGCUAGAGUGUAAGCUCUGCCCUGAGGUUAUAGAAAAUAUUGCCACUCUACGUCAACAUAUUCAAACACAUAAUGAGACUCACACAUUGCAUUUAGAUGCUGAAAGUGACGUGAUUAAGGAAUUAUUCCCCAAUUUCAAUGGUGACGUAAUUAAAAUUAAGGAAAAGAUUUGCAAAGAUAUUAGAGAUAAAGUUUUUGCCAAGUAUUACACUAUUGUUAAUGCAUAUGGCUAUGAAAUGGCUUUAAGUGAUUCUGAUGCAGAACAUGAUUCGAAUGUGGACAAAUACAAUUGCGAAUUAUGUAACGAAAAGUUCAGCAGAAAGUAUCAGGUAUUCCAGCAUUCAAAGUCAGAGCAUUCACAAGAUAAGCUUCCUCACAAAUGCAACGUUUGUAAAUUGGAGUUUGUCAGCAGAACAAUGUUUGAGUUACAUUCACGCACACAAUGCCGAAAUAAGGAUAGAAAAUAUCAAUGUCUCAAAUGCCCGGGUAAAUUUGUUUGGGUACAAAAUCUUCAAAGACAUAACUGCUCCAACCGGCUAAAUGUAUAUGUACCGAAGCGUCCAGAACAGCGCAAAAGAAAUUUAUUGCAGUGUAAUUUUUGUGAUAAAACUUUUCGUUAUGCUACUGACUUGAAACGACAUCAAGAGACGCAUAACUUGAAGAGUCAAUCCCAUGUUUGCCCCAUCUGCAGUCAACCAUUUUUAAAGGCAGAAAAUUUACGUCAACAUUUACGGCAGGAUCACGAGCAAAUUAAACGACGCAUUGAAUGUUGCUUGUGUGGGGAGAAACUGAAAACACUCGCUGAGCUUCGCGUUCAUUUGUUGCGCCAUUCGGAUGGCUGGAGUGGUAUCAGAUAUACAGAGGGUCAAUAUUUUAAGGUUCAUUGGCCGCACGGUUGUCAAGGAAAAGAGAGUGAGGUCGAACGUAGCAUUAUUAUUGAUUUUGCUGGUCAAAAUUUAACAAAUUAUUAUACGGCUGUUGAUGAGAGUGGUAAUGAGUUGGAUUUGUACGAUUCAGAGAGUGAUUUUGAAACGGGCAGCAAGCAAGGCGGGAAUCCUUUACCCGUAUCCUAUACGUGUGAUCUGUGUGGUGAAGUUUUUUUCAGAAGAACACGCAUCCUGCAACAUCAACAUAGCGCACAUGCUGAUGAGGAAGCCUCCUUACCUCAUGCUUGUAGUCGUUGUGAGAAGCGUUACGUUUGUUUAGGCUUACUGGAACAGCACUAUAAACGUGAUUGUGGUAAUAUCUAUAAGCGAUUCAAUUGCCAACGAUGCUCAGCCCGAUUUGUGUGGGAGGAAAACCUACAACAACAUAUGCAGCGGCAACACAUUGAUCCAGAGCAACAAAUAAGUCGACAACUUGCUAAUAAACUACAAUGUGAUCAAUGCAAUAAAGUAUUUGUUUGGCCAAAAGAUCUGACGCGACACAAACGCAUUCACAUGCCCGAUGAUGAGAAGUUUGAAUGCCUGUAUUGUGAACGAAAAUUCUACCGGAAAGAUCACCUACAGACACAUUUGAGAGUUCAUGGUUCCGGUGGCAGCAUGGCAACGACAACAGCGGCCGCCACUAAACGCGAGCUUAAUCGUAAAGUUAAUGCUGUCGACCCGCAUCUCUGCAGACCCAACGGUUGCAAAUGUGUUCAAUGCAAAAUCUGUUUGUCUAAGCAUACAAAAAUUGCUGAUUUGCGAACACAUAUCUUGGAGCAUCGAACAAAUGUGUCGUUGUCGCAACAUGUUACAACAAAUUCGGAAGUUUCUUUACUUUUUUAUCCAGAUGAGGCCCCCAUGUCCAGGGAGUUACUUAUUGCGCGCAUGAUGGCUGAUAUUACAGCCGGCCAACUGGAUCGAUUCUACUCAAUUACUAAUGAAUUGGGCCACGAGAUAAGCAUAAGCGGCUCCGACACUGAUGAUACUGAUUCAGAUUCCGAACCUGACGAAGUAUUGUAUCAUGCAACUGGGGAAAAUAUUCGGCACCCAAGGCGUUCAAUAUACAAUUGCGAUUUGUGCAGUAUCACGGUAACGCGUAAAUACAAACUGUUUGCUCAUCAAGCGAGUGAUCAUAAUUGGGAUGAUGCUCCACAUGUAUGUCAACAUUGCGGGGCGCGCUUUUUGUGUGAGAAGUUAUUGCAGUCUCAUUACCGACACCAAUGCAAAAACUUAUUGAAACGGUACGUGUGUCGUAAAUGUCCUCAACGAUUUAUGUGGAAAGAAAACCUCAAAAUGCAUUUACGUACUAUGCACCCGGACAGCGAAGAGGUUAAGAAGUGUUUUGCACCCAGUUCUUUUGAUUGCGAAGAGUGCUCUAGAAGUUUCCAGAUGCAGAAGGAUCUAACACGCCACAUGAUGACACAUCGGGUCGAUGCCACUGUGUUUCCAUGUCUAUGGUGUCCACGUAAAUUCUACCGAAGAAGUAAUUUGUAUUUGCAUAUCAAGAGACAUGGUAUAACUUCACAUCAGUUGAGUGCUGCAGCUUCUCACAUCACUGCCAGUAAAGGACCGAAUGGUAUUAAACAGAUUUAUUGCCGGGUUUGUAACAUAAAAUUCCAAAGUUUGUCGGCUCUACGCACUCAUCUGCGUCAAGAGACAACAGAAGUGCUUUCUUCGCACCACAGCUACAAUUCACCACACAAUUAUUCAAUUAUGAAUGAGUUGGGGUACGAGCUGAGCCUUGAUGAUUCAGAGACAGACGAAGGCGGCAAUGCUAAAACAUAUAAGUGUCAAAUGUGUGGAUUAGUUUGCAAAAGGCGUUAUGAAAUGGGUCAGCAUCAGUUGUCAGUGCAUAAGCAUGAACAUAUCACACUCAAGUGUGAUAAGUGUGUGUUUAGAACAGUUUCAAGUGACAUUAUGGAACAUCAUAUGCGCACACAAUGUAAUAAUAAUGAAAAACUACAUCCGUGCACACACUGUUCAUAUAAAUUUAUGUGGCCUGAAAAUUUGGACGUGCACAUGAAGCUGGUUCAUCCAGAAGAAAUACAAAAAACUGUUGAAGCUGCAGAAGAUGUUGCGGUGUCCUCCCGCAGUGAGCCCGUACCUCUUCAAGAAUUCCAUUGCGAUAAAUGUGAUAGCCGUUACAAUCGUAAAGAUCGCUUAAUUGCACAUAUAAAAAAGAUACAUCCGCUAGUUGGUGAUGAUGCCAGUUGCAGUACGAAUGUUGUCAAAGUUAACUUAUCCAAAGAUGAAAAAAAGCAGCCGAAAGAGAAGAAGUUUCUUUGUGCAUUUUGUGGGCGCGCUGUAAGUUCUUCUUCAAACUUGGUUGUUCAUAUGCGACGCCAUACAGGCGAGAAGCCAUUUCAGUGUGAAUUUUGUGAUAAAGCCUUCCCACGCUCAUCUGAUUUGGCCUGCCAUCGGCGUACUCAUACGGGAGAAAAGCCGCAUCGUUGCACAGUAUGUGACAAAUCGUUUUCGCGCUCGUAUAAGUUACAUACGCACAUGCGUAUACAUUCAGGUGAAAGACCAUAUAAGUGUUCGUUCUGCGAGAAGAGUUUCACCCAAUCCAAUGAUCUUGCUUUGCAUGUACGCCGCCAUACUGGUGAACGUCCGUAUGUGUGCAAUAUUUGCGAUGAGGGUUUUAUUCAAGGAACUGCGUUAAAGAAUCACCGCGCGUUACGGGGACAUUUCGAAAAAGAGGAAAUUAAUGACAUUCCUGGGAUGGAGGAACAGCCGAACAACAUGUUGCAAUUGGAUGAGCAGGGCAACAGUUUAAUACAGUUGUAAAAAAAAAACAUUUUGGUACAAAAUUAAAUGUACGUGGGAAAAGAUGUGUAUAGGUACAAUUAAAGUUUAUUGUAAUAUUUCUUUCCUGUUCCCAUUCUAUGUAAAUAUAUAAGUGUAAAGAAUAUAGUGA